AUGGAGGUGUCGAUGGACGUGUAUGGUGUAUCAUUCAUUUUCGAUCCGAACCAAUCCUAUCCGUGUCCACCACCCACUGCAUCAGAUAUGAUAUUUGCAUUCGACACCGAGAUACUAAAACUCAAAGACGCUCAAUCGUGGUAUCUACUUAAUAAAGAUGAAGUGCAUUGGAGAAAAAAAAUGUUACAAAGAUUUCAAUGGGAAAAUUUGACAAAAAAAAACCGUGAGGGAAAAAUAUUGGAAACAUUUAAAAAAAAAAAAAUCCUGUUGGGAAAAUACCUAUAA